UAAAAGAAGUUAGGGCUAAUGGGGCCAUUGCUCUCGACACCAAAGAGCAAGCCUUACAAAGAGCACGAGAAAUGAAAAAUGAAGUGGAAAAUGGGCACGUAGUAGUUCAUGAUGAACACGGACG